AGAGAGGAAAAGAAUGAGCCGUUUGAGUAUGGUAUGGUAGCACUAGCACCAAGUAAAGCGGUGGGUUUCACUGAGAAAGGAGGAGCGAGUAAUGAGUGACCUCUCCAUUGCAGCUCCAACCGUAAAACACCACCAUUAUAGCGCCUGCAGCCCCAUUCCUUCUGCAGCUCUUUACAUUCUCAUACCCCUUUUCAUUUUGGGAUUUUCCGUCUCCAUUUUCGUCCUUGUUGUAGUUCACAACGCCUUCUUCUUCCUCUCUCUUCUCUUUCUAUCCAUCUUCCUCUCUGCUUUCGCCCUCUGGAAUAACCUCAACUUCUCCUCCAAAGCCGCCAUUAACUCAUUUCUUCACUCCUUUCCCGACUCCGACCUCACACUCGCUCGCGAUGGUCAACUCGUUAAGAUUACAGGGUAUGCUUCGUGCGGGACGGUCUCCUUGGAAUCAUCCUAUGAAAAGGCUACUGGGUGCAUUUAUGCAUCUACCUCUUUAUAUGAAUGUAGAGGAAUGCCUCUGAUUUUUCAAAAGAUAACUCAACCUUACUGUGGUUGGAGGUUAGUAUAUAGUGAGAGGUUCACCACUGACUUCUACAUAACUGAUAGAAAAUCUGGUAUUAGAGCUAUGGUAAGGGCCGGCCCUGGUAGUAAACUGGUUCCUCUUAUUAUGGAGAGCAAGCUUGUUAGUACUACAAGACACCGCAAGAUUCUGUCUCCUUCCUUGAGAAAAUGGCUGAGAGACAGAAACAUUUCUACUGAAGCCCGAAUGCUUCGACUUGAAGAAGGAUAUGUUCAGGAAGGCGGCUUUGUCUCUGUAAUGGGAAUAUUGCAUAGGAAUAACGGUCAUAUAACAAUAGUUCAACCUCCAGAAGUAAUCUCUACCGGAUGUGUAUGGCGGAAACUUCUUCUUCCCAUUCAUAUUGAGGGACUAGUUCUUGGGGUCUCACAGACGACUGGCCCUUCGCUCGGUCAGGGAUCGAUAUGUCAUCAAGAACAGUUUGCUGACGGAUGAAGCUUGGAUUGUAUGUUGUAGAUGGAAAUUUUGGAUGGAAAUUUUGGAUGAGAGGCGAAGUCCACUAGAAUUCCUAACCUUUUGUUUUAGUGACUUUAUUCUUCUUUUAGUUCAUCUUUCUCUACUCCUUCAGUUUCCAGAGUUACAUUUGUUCACGUCUCUAUAGGUUUCUGUCAACUACAAAUUCUACUUGAAUGUACAUUGAUUAAUUUUGUGGAAAUCAACCAUCUCAGCUAAACCUUUUAGUUGCUAACCAAAAUAUGU